AUGUCUACAACGCAAUGUACCAGACUCCUCACACGAAACAUCCCUCAAGUGAGGAGGCGCCGCCAAUUACAAAACCCACACGUCACACUCGUUGGCUCCCUGCCAACCUCCAACCCCACCAUUGACUCCGAACGUCUACCAUACAGACUCUACGAGCUGUCCCUCAAAAAGAUCCGCAAAGAGGCACACGCUGCCGAACCAGAUCUGCGACACGUCAUUGCUGGAAUCUCAAUGCAAAAGAGCGUUUCCAGCGCCGUCCACGAUGAUCUCCUCCACCAGGUUGACAUACUGGAGAGCAGGAGGGCUCGAUUCCCAAUUCUGCCCGGUGCAGAUGAAGCCUGGGAACAUGAAGAGGUGGUGUCUGAGCCGACGUCCCGUUCGGCUUGGGAUAUGGAGGCUCUUGAUCAGGCUUUGUAUGAGAUGGAGCGCGCCAGUAAGAAAGGGGAAGUCGCGAGGACGGUUUGUUUUCAGAUAAUAAGUGAGAUGUGA